CGAGCAGCUGAGCGCUGUGGGGCGGAAGUUCUACGCCGGUACACGCGGCGCUGUGGCCGCCGCUUCGUCUUCUCGCUCGCGGUUUGGCCAAAGCCGUGAGUUGUUUGGUAGCGCGCCACUCGCGGUAGGGUUAAUACAGAGGCCUGCCCGCCCGCCCGCCCGCCCGCCCACACACACCAUGCUGUCACCCUUGAAGGCCAAGUGCAGGGUGAAGGCGCCCGAGCGGAGCAGAGGAAGCAGCAGCGGGUGCAGGGUUAGAGGCGAAGUAGCCAGGGUAGCUGACGGUGGUGGAUUUUGCGUGGGCGAUGGAAGAGGUCUGGGUGAUACUCAGGCUAGUGAUGGCGGUGGAGGUCCACGUGAAAAUGCAAACGCCUGCUGCACUGGUAAAGACGGGAGCGUGGAAGGAGGAGCAGCAGCAGCAUCAGGACGGGAUGUGUCCGAGAGUGACUGUGAAGACGCAGGUGAAGGAGGCGAGGACUUCCCCGAGUUGGCGGUCCUUCCCGAUAAACUUCGCCAGCGGCUGAUGCCCUUCCAGAAGCAGGGCGUCAGGUUCGCGCUGGAGAAAGGCGGCAGAUGCAUGAUUGCUGAUGAGAUGGGACUGGGGAAGACGAUCCAGGCCAUCGCGGUGGCCUACAUCUACCGCGCCGAGUGGCCAAUGCUUGUCGUUGUGCCAUCAUCCCUCAAGUACUUGUGGAUUGAGGAGUUGGAGAAGUGGGUGCCCGAGCUGCUGCCUGGGGACAUUCACCUGGUGGAGAACAAAACCGAUAUCCGGGCGGUCACAGAGAGCCGAGUAACGGUCCUGGGCUACGGCCUGCUCACGGCUGAUGCCGCGCUGCUGGUGGAGGCGCUGCAGCGGCGCCGCUUCCAGGUGGUGCUGGUUGACGAGUCGCACUACAUGAAGACACGCACGGCCACCCGCAGCCGCCUGCUGCUGCCGCUCGUCCAGGGGGCGCGCCGAGCACUGCUGCUUACUGGAACGCCCGCCCUCGCGCGCCCCGAGGAGCUGUACAUGCAGAUUGAUGCCUUGUACCCAAAUCGGUUUGGCAAGUGGACCGAGUAUGCCAAGCGCUACUGCGACGCACGCAUGAGGUUUUUUGGCCGCGGUCAACGGCAGUGGGACUGCAAGGGGGCCUCCAACCUGCAGGAGCUGCAUGGGCGGCUCAACGCAUUCAUGAUCCGACGGCUCAAGGACGAGGUGCUUACGCAAUUGCCCCCCAAGAUCCGCCAGCGCAUCCCCUUCGACCUCUCCAAGGAGGCCACCAGGGAGGUGAAUGCGAUGCUGGAUGAGUGGGAGGCACUGCUGAAGCUUGUCAGAAGCAACAGCUGCCCUAGCAGCAGCGUAGUGCAGGUCAUGAGCCUGAUUACUCGUCUUUUCAAACAGACAGCUGUGGCCAAGGCCGGAGCAGUCAAAGACUACAUCAAGAUGCUUCUGGAGAAUGACUCCAUGAAGUUCCUUGUGUUUGCACACCACCUGGUGAUGCUGCAAGCCUGCACGGAGGCUGUGGUGGAGAGCAAGGUGCGCUACAUUCGCAUCGACGGGAGCGUACCAGCGGCUGAGAGGAGUCGACUCGUCCACCAGUUUCAAAACGACGCCAGCAUCCGCGUCGCUGUGCUCAGCAUUAAGGCCGCUGGGCAGGGCCUGACGUUCACGGCGGCCACGCACGUGGUAUUUGCCGAGCUCUACUGGGACCCAGGCCACAUGAAGCAAGCAGAGGAUCGUGCCCACCGCAUCGGCCAGUGCAGCUCCGUGCACAUCCACUACCUCAUCGCCAAGGGCACGCUAGACUCUCUUCUUUGGGCCAUGAUCAACCGCAAGGUGCCUAGUCUCGCCCGGGGUGGGAGGGUUUUGCCUUGUGGUUGGAAGCGCGCGUGCGGUUGUCACUCAACCUGGAUAUUUGUCACCAGUAGCACCCUAAAUGGCCGAUUGGAGCAGUUGGGGGUGCAGGAGGCGGACACGGACAAGUGCGAUUUCCUGAGCCAUGCCAUGGCCUGGGUGCCCAGUGACACCAUUCCUGAGGAAGAGGCCUUUUUCUUUACACAGCGAGAGAAAGACAAGCAGCCUGACAUCAGAGGGUUCUUUAAGAAACCAACUGCACCCAGAGUGAAGGCAAACUCAGAUGGGGGUUGUGAUGAUGAAAGGGAAAACGGCAGCGUGGAUACGGCAUGGGAUGCGCGUUCUGCCCCGAGUGAGGAAGGUGUCGACGAGCCUGCAGAUGGUGAUGGUGCUUCUCUGGACGGAUUGAGACUCUUAUCGAGUGGGAAGAGGGGGGUUCCUGAAGGAGAGGAGUUUAAGCCGCAGAGCAAGAAAUUCCGCCUUCCUAUUGCGACAUCUCCCAACACUGAACUGCAAAAGUCCAGAACCCCACCAUCCCCAGCAUCUCCAGCAUCCCCAGCCAUGACCUCCCCAAUGGUAUCGCAAGCCUCCCCCCAUGCGGGGCAGCAAACUCGUUUGGUUGCUAAGUCUGGUUCUGCGAGCGCUUUGCGCAGGAAAAGCACUACACGACGGAGGAAAGAUCCGGCCACCCAGUGCAGGCCUAAGGGGCCGCAGCGAGGGCGUGUGCUGUUGCCAUGCGACGGUCGCGAGGACACGCUGGCGGCGUGGGAUUGCAGCAUGUGCACGUACAGCAACAACGGCCUCAUGCUUUACUGCGAGAUGUGCAACGCAGUCCGGCCCAGCGAAAGAAAAACUGAUGGCGCACCUGGAGAGAUCACCGCUGGAAGAAAAACAGACGGCACAGAGCAGGCCCCGAGGGGCACGCGCAAUCAUGCAGCGCCAUCCCCCGGAAAGUCUGCGGACUCUGAGCCACAGGCAUGUUCGCAGGCAUGGGGAGAGUGCAUAACCGUAUCGGAGAGUGACGAUGAUGAAGAUCCCGUUACCCGUCAUCGACUCGUUAUGGAAGACGAGGUCAGACAGACGUUGGACCCUGUCAAGCCCGAGACGGACAGUCAUAGCUGCCUGCCGCCGACAGUGGUGGGAGAAGCGAGCAGCUGUGCUGAGGAUGGGCUGAAUGGCCAAGGAAGCAAAGCAGGAGUCUCUGUCGCUGCUGGGGAUGAUGCAACCCAGCCAGAACCCACAAGCAUGGAAGUUGAGAAAGGUGCUGCGGACAGAGAGGAUUCGUGCCAGGUGGACGUGCCUGCAUUUGACAGCUUCAUGUUCUGUGCCAGCAGGAAUACGGACCGUGUGUUCCUCUUUACCACGGAUGGGCAACCCCUCCAUUGUAACUUCAUCCCUCUGGACAUUAAGCUGGAGAACUGGGAUGAGCUGCCAGACAUCCUGCAGCACAAACGCAACCUGGUUCUGGUGCAACGGUUUGUGCGCGAGUGGGACGCCCUCCCGCCCAUGAAGCAGCGCAUCCUGCGCAAGAGUGGCCAGAUGUUCCGCAGCCCCGCUCUGGCUGUGGAGGAGAUCUCCGUGGGCCAAAGGAAGCAGCACUGCACCAAACGGUUCCUGAGCAAGACGGAUGUGGCGGAGCGAGCGCUGAGCACAGCCAAGCAGGAGGGCGGCAGCGUGCGGCUCGUGACCAAGCCCGGGGUCAAGCCAUUGGAUGGGAAGCACGACCCUGAGCCCACGCACGGCACAGAGAAGGCGAAUGCUGAGAAGAAAGUGCCUCAGUCAGCGGCGUCCACCAUCCCCGACGCUCCUGGCGUUGACGAGGUGCCCAGCGUGGGGUUCCUGCAGGCUGUGGAUGGCUCUGGGCGGCCGCUGUGCCUGGGCUGUUCCAAGCCGACCCAGCAGGCCUCUACCGCAGCAGGCGCUGCUGCGGGAUCGAGCCCCGGCACCUCGGCUGCUCUCACCGGCGCCGCCGACUGGGCCACGCGCUUCUGCUCGCGCGCCUGCCAGGAGGAUUUCAACCUACGCUCCUACAACAGCUGUGUGCGCGGAGCGGUGCGCGACGCGGAGUGCGGAGUGUGCCGGGCGUGCGGGCUCGACGCGCAGGAGCUCUUCUCGCGCGUCCGCGGUGCCCCGCGCCCCCAACGCAAGGCCCUGCUGGAGGCCACCGUCAUGGCCGCACUCUCCGUGGAGCAGCUGAAUGAGAUGAUCCGGGAGCCCAGGGCCGGCCAAUUCUGGCAGGCUGACCACAUCCAGCCCGUGUGGAACGGCGGUGGGCAGUGCCACCUGGACAACCUGCAGACACUGUGCACCGUGUGCCACGAGAAGAAAACCAACAAGCAGGAGGUGGAGAGAAAGCAGAUGGUGAAACGGGCGAAAGCUGCGCAAUACGGGGCCGACAUCACGCUCUUCUUCCAGAAAAAGUGACCGCAAGCCGGGAUCUCGGACUAAAGGGGAAUCUCGAUUGCAAAGAUCGGCAUUCCUGCUCGCGCGGUGGUGACUGUGCUACAAGCCAGCGACCGCCAUUGCAGCGCACGCGAGGACCGGCUGGUGGAGUCCAUGUCACGGGAAUGAUAUUUUUUCCGUUUAACAGUUGUAACAUGCAGAUAUUGCUGCGUCUGAUUCUAAUAACAUAAAGAAUGUCCUUUAUCUAGCACAGCAAACCACCGUGCCCGAAGAGUCGUUGCCAGGAGGCUAAUGGUUAUAUUUUUUAUAGUUAUUGAGUAUUUUAGCAUGUAGGAAGGGAGCUGAAGUACCUGGAGAAAAUUCCCAUGGAACGUUAGAUAACUCAAAUAUCUGUAGAGGAAACAGAUGUGUACUGUAUUUUUCUUAUGGUUAGGGUAUAAGAUAUUGCACCGUUACAAUACAUUCUGGACUUUGUUCAUUUACAGUUGUAUUUCAAAGUGUUUCAUUAUUAUUGUGGGGCCCUGUACUUACCUGCAUGGCCGCACACGCAGCUGAAUAUUGCUGCCUCCAGCAAUAGGUGGCCACAGUGAGUUGUAUGGAACCAUUGUCAAUUAUUUUGCGUUACAUUGCUUCAUUGUGUACUCUGCAAACAUACACUGGAGGCUGUUUUCUAGUCAAAAUAUGAAUUCGGGUCUUGUCGAACCAAUUAAGAAAAUAGUAUUUUUUUUACAAAUGGAGAACAUGUGCACAAAUGGACAAAUUCUAUAUCAAUAUUAUAUGCGCAUUAGCUGUACCCAUGUGUGUGUUUUGUAACAUUUUUUUUAGAUUACGUUUUCUGUAAAUUUUGUUCUAAAGUUUUCUUGUCUCUGCAAUUCGCAUUUUUCAUCCCUUGUCCUAACAAUGUUUAAAAAUGUUUUGGCCGACCACUGUUACUCUCCCUACUUGGUAUAAAGUGUCCAUAAAAUUUCAGGUUAUGGUCAAAUAUAA